UUCAUCAAACUAUAUUAGCCAUGAUCACAAGUUGUGAGUGUGACAAUGACCCUGUAUAAAAGAUUUAGAACUCAAAACAUAUUGCAAUUCCUCUGAGCACAGGUGCCUUAAUUACUUCCUUGGAAUUCAAACAGUGCCACAUGGUCAAAGGAAACCAUAAUCCACACACCAAAGAAAAUAUGGACAUUACUCCUUAUACUUCAAAGAAAACACACUUCAACCACCACCAUCAUGAAGCACCCAUAGACUUGCACAGGAUCAACCACCCCCAACACAGUAAUCCGACAUCAACAAGCCGUUCUUCAGAGUCUAGUGAAACCUGUGAUGAUGGAAAAUGGGCCUCCAAGCUUCUGAGAGAGUGUGCCACAGCAAUAUCAGAGAGAAACUCAACAAAAACUCACCAUCUUCUAUGGAUGCUAAACGAACUUUCUUCCCCUUAUGGAGAUCCUGAUCAGAAACUAGCUUCUUACUUCUUGCAAGCUCUGUUUUGCAAGGCCACAGACUCUGGCUUCAAGUGCUACAAGACCCUCUCCUCAGUUGCUGAGAAAAACCACUCCUUUGAUUCAGCCAGAAAAUUGAUCCUCAAGUUUCAAGAGGUGAGUCCUUGGACAACCUUUGGACAUGUGGCUUCAAAUGGUGCCCUUUUGGAAGCCUUAGAAGGAGAGACCAAAAUUCACAUAGUUGAUAUCAGCAACACCCUUUGCACUCAGUGGCCUACUCUGUUGGAAGCUCUGGCUACAAGAAAUGAUGAAACUCCUCACUUGAAACUCACUGUUGUUUUGUUGAGUAAUAAGAUUGUAGGGUCUGUGAUGAAGGAGGUUGGUCAACGAAUGGAGAAGUUUGCAAGGCUAAUGGGUGUUCCCUUUGAGUUUAAUGUGGUUAGUGGGUUGAGGAGCCUCACAAAAGAAGGGUUAGGAGUUCAAGAGAAUGAGGCAAUUGCUGUGAAUUGUGUUGGUGCAUUGAGGAGAGUGGAGGUGAAAGAAAGGGAAAGUGUGAUUGGCAUGUUUAAAUCACUUAGUCCUAAAGUGGUGACUUUUGUUGAGGAAGAAGGUGAUUUUGUUACCUCAAGAGAUGACUUUGUGAAGAAUUUUGAAGAGUGCCUUAAGUUCUAUAGCCUCUACUUUGAGAUGUUGGAGGAGAGUUUUCCUCCAACAAGCAAUGAGAGGUUGAUGUUGGAGAGGGAGUGUUCAAGAAGCAUAGUUAGGGUUUUGGCUUGCAAUGAUGGUGAUGAAGAUGGUGGUGGUGGUGGUGAUCAAGGUGGUGAUUGUUGUUGUGAGACAAGGGAGAGAGGGACACAAUGGUCUGAAAGACUUGGGAGUGCGUUUUCCCCUGUUGGAUUCAGUGAUGAUGUAGUGGAUGAUGUCAAAGCAUUGCUCAAGAGGUACCAAGCUGGGUGGUCACUUGUGGUGCCUCAAGGAAAUGAUCAUAAUCUCUCAGGAAUAUAUCUCACAUGGAAGGAGGAACCAGUAGUUUGGGCAUCAGCAUGGAAGCCCCAGCUAGCUACUUGAAUAUGUGUCUAGCCAGUAUCAUUAUGUUUAUUAUGUUUAGUGUAACUCGUUCAAAAACUACAGUUAAGACAAAAUAAUGAUGGACAGAAGGAACUUCUCUUGUACUUCUGUCCAUCAUGAUUUUACCUUUACUGCGAUGUUUAAACGAGUUUUCAAACAUGCAUUUAGUCUUGUUUGGAAAUUUUUCUACAAUUGAUUUCUAAAAUCUGAAUCAAUUCUGGAAAGAAGCUUCUAUGAUUAGCUUCAAGUUUCAGAAUUCAUUUUGAUAAAAGAAAAAUUGAUGCAAACAUAUACUAUCAGUGCCAUGCCAUAUAAAUCAUAUGGUAUCUGGAUAGGCUAAUACUCAAGGGACAGAAAUUUCUCACUGGAAAAUAAGGUUUGGCUUGCCCUAUGGAUAUAGCAAUUAGCAAUGGCUAUAUAUUGAAACUGAUCUGGAUUUUUCUUUUGACUUUCUCUCCUGAUUCUUGCAUAGUACUUUGUAAUCUUUCUCCUGUCCAACUCCUCUAGAGAGGUAGCAUUUUGCUUGGGAGUUUGUGUUGUUAACUAUAUGGCUUUUUACACUUUUAUAUAUUAUAAUGAUUUAAGUUCA